UCCCCCCGGGGCAGGAUGGCGGCGCCCUGGCGCUGGGUGAUCCCCGUGACAUCACAAUGGUGGCUGGCCCGAGCGCCGCCGGGCUGGGCACGGAGGGGAGGCGGCGGGGCUGACUCAUGGGUUCGCGGCGGCGGCUCCUCCCCGCCCAGCCCCUCUCCAGCCCCUGCCCAUGGGCCGCUGCCCCAGCGCUCCGCGGCUAGCGGGGGUGGAGUCGCCGGUGCCCCCUCCCCGCCUCCCGCGCCGGCCCGGGAGAGGCCGCGGCUCUGCCCGCACUGCACGUGGGCCAUGGAGGAGAAGGUCUCGGCCGCCGCCGGGCUGCACGGCCGCCGGGGCUACCCGGCCGUGCGCUCCCUGGGCAUCGCGGUGGAUGAAAACAACGUCCGGCCGGGCGCGCUGCAGCUGAUCCGGGAGCUGAGACCGCAGUGGGAGACGGAGCGCGUGAAAACCAAGCUCUUCACCGACGGCAUCACCAACAAGCUCAUGGCCUGCUACAUGGACGAGGGGAUGGCGGACGCGGUCCUGGUGCGGGUCUACGGCAGGAAGACGGAGCUCUUUGUGGACCGGGAAAAUGAGCUGAAGAAUUUCCAGGUGCUGCGAGCCCACGGCUGCGCCCCCAACCUCUACUGCACUUUCCAAAACGGCUUGUGUUACGAGUUCAUGCAGGGGACGGCGCUAGGACCUGAGCAUGUGCAGCAGCCACAGAUCUUCAGGUUGAUAGCCUGGGAAAUGGCCAAAAUGCACGCGAUUCACGCCAACGGGAGCCUCCCCAAGCCCAGCCUGUGGCACAAGCUACACAAGUACCUUACCAUCGUGAAAACAGAGCUCAUCACCAAGGCAUCCAACCCCAGGUUCCGUCAGGAAGUGCCCAGUCUGGAGGUGCUAGAACAAGAGGUUGCCUGGCUGAAGGAAUAUCUCUCCCCGCUGGGCUCACCCAUCGUGCUGUGCCAUAACGACCUGCUGUGCAAAAACAUCAUCUACAACGAGACCGAAGAGCACGUGCGGUUCAUAGACUACGAAUACGCUGGUUACAAUUACCAGGCUUUCGACAUUGGGAACCACUUUAAUGAAUUUGCAGGGGUGAACGAGGUGGAUUACAGCCUGUAUCCCAGCAGAGAGAGACAGCUGCAGUGGUUGAGGCACUACCUGCAAGCCUACAAGCAACUGAGCCGGGAGAACCAGGGAAACGGAGGGGGAGUCGUAUCUGACAAGGAGCUGGAGACCCUCUACGUGCAAGCAAACCAGUUUGCUUUAGCCUCUCAUUUCCUUUGGGCAUGCUGGGCCCUGAUCCAGGAUAAAUAUUCCACCAUAGACUUUAACUUCUUCAGGUAUGCAAGGCUAAGAUUUAAACAGUACUUCAAGGCAAAGUCUGUGGUGACAGCCCUGGAGAUGCCAAAAUGACGUCUCAAGGCUGCUUCAGGUCCACAAGAUUCCCAGCUAUUUUCUCCUGCACAGGUCGGCUGCUGUCAUGACCUCAGUCGGCCACCGGCUAGUGGAGGGGGCAGAUAGACUGGAGGGAGAGGGGGAAGGGGAAGGAAGACUUUCUGGGAAGCCAAAGAUUAAACGAAGCCCCUGGAGCACAGUUAUCCCAUCUCUGGAUUUAGCUCCAUCGUUGGUUUUGCUGAUGGUGCUGUUCCGGGGGAUGAUGACAGGACUUGGCUGCUGGCAAGACACUUGGUUCCAAGACUGGAGCGUGAGACAUUCAGGAAGGCAAUGAGCUCAGCUGGACUUAAAGAUUUCAGGACUGCCUUGCAGAUUAGUAUCGCCUUAAGAUUGGAGCUGUGUUCCUUGGGCCGGGCGACCCGGCAGGUAUGUCCUUUACCGAAACAAACCGUGCUGCUGUUCGGUGUCACAUCCUCCAGAGGGUAUGGGGAAUUCUGCUCGGUGAAUCCUGCCUCAAGUGGGGAUGAGGCUGACUCUGAGCUCCUAACCCCCACAGCCCCCUUCUGCCCCACACUGUGAGGGGCUGGCUCAAGACCCCUCCCCCUUUAUUUUUGAAUGCACACUUAGGGGUUACACAAGGCGGCCUGCACAGGGGCUGCAGUACCUGCCACUAGGCCCUGCCAUGGGCUAACCCAAGGCACAUGGGAGAAGAAGGGGGACCUUCCUUUUGUCCCAAGCCUUAAUGAUAGAGGUUACAGCAGCUGGCAGUGACCCCUCGACUCCCACCCCUCAGCGCUGUGUUUGCCUAAGCAUCUCCAGGAGGAGGUGAAGAUCCCCUGACUGUGAAGAAUGGUCCUGCGUGCCAAAAAUAAACUUCUCUUCCCAAACAGGGCUGCUCACCUGGUGCCUUGUCCCACAGCUGGGUGUCCUGGAGACAUGGCUGAGGCUGCACGUACCCCCGCCCCCCACCCGGCACUCUCCUCGGGCACUGAGGAGAGCACGUAACUCGCUUCAAAGCACAGCUGGCCCCAAGCUUCUAAGUUUAAAUGUGAACUUUCCCUGAAUUUGGGAAGUAGGGGAACACGUUAGGAACUGGAGUUUGCUUAGCUCAGUAGAACCAGAUUCCUGAAUCUGGCCUGGGAUCUCCCUUUAACCCUACCCAGGACGUGGUGUGUUUGGGGCAGGAGGGCACCGUGCAGUCAGCUUCCACUAGACCCCCAAAUACUCUGCUGGGUGUGUGGUUUUGCACAAGCUUUUUCUUUUGCCUCAGAUCUCUGGGGCCACACUUUCUGGUCUCCUCACAGUGUUUCUGCCAG